AUUCAUUCGUAUGCAAAUUUCGCGUGAAUACAGUGGUACAUGUACUAGUAUUUUCAUGUUCAAGUUGACGAACGAAAAAGCAGAAGUACAAUAAAUAUGAGUGGAACUAACGAUAAACGGGAUGUUGAAGCGUCCAACGACAACCCACCGACUUACGAUGAAGCACAGAAAGGUGCACCACCGACGUACGAAGAAAGCAUAAUGUCAAAGAUCAGGACCGCUAAACGGGAGUCGGAUGGGAACAAAGAAUUUGUUACAAAUGUUCUACAGAUAAUAUGUGAAUCAGUUGCGUUGAUGAUUGGUUGCCUGGUUUGUACUGCUUUACUUACUGCUCUACCUAUUUCGAUGAUAGUGAUUGGUUCCAUGCAUAAAGACGAGUGUAAUGCAGAGCCGUACAUCCCCAUAUACCUUAUCGUUGCUGGGAGCUUUUCCUUGUUUAUAUGCGUCACUAACGUAUGUGGCUGCGUGACAAAGCGUGGAAAAAAGGAAGACGAGGAACAGAGUACGGGUGCCACCGCGUGUGCGUGCUGUUUUACCUGCAUCAGUGCGCUGGGGAGUGUCUUUUUGGUGUGUUGGUACAUAGCAGGUAACGUGUGGAUAUACAAAGCGUAUGAACCGUCAUAUGAAGACCCAACCGCUUCAGAUUACUGUGACAAGACCCUGUAUUUAUUUUCAUUUUGGUUUUUGAACGCCGGUUACAUUCUUGCUGGUGUUGGUUUGUGUUUUGGAUGCGUCAUUGGUUGCUGUGCGAGUCGGAUUUUGUCUAAUGUUGACGAAGACUAAAUACAGCGUUCUCACAUAAGUGAUUGAAGG